AUGGGAAAUGGGUUUCUUGAUAGAGUGGAAGACAAUGCGGCCGUCCGGACUUGGUCUGAGAAGAUACAGCACGAAAAAGGUGAUAGUUUGGCUGUGGGAUACGUAUCAGAGUUAUGGGACUUCACUCGUGUUAGCGUAGCUCAGAACAACUUGCAAGAAUUGAAGGAGAUUUGGGAUCAAUGGGAUAAUGAGGUAAACAAGCGUCUGUUUCGAGCUCUUGCCCAGUUUUGGAAUCCGGCCUACAGUUGCUUCACAUUCGGGAAGGUUGAUUUGGUGCCUACGAUAGAAGAGUACACAGCUUUACUUCGGUGUUCGAAGGUUCAGGUAGAUAGAAUUUAUUCGAAAGCGGUAAAUAUACCGACCUUCUUGAAGAAGCUGAUAAAUAUAACAGGGAUGAGUGAGCAGUGGGUUACAGCUCGGAUUAAGCAAAAAUGGGAUAGUAGGUGUAUUCCUUGGAAAAGUUUGAAGGACCUCAUUUUAGCACACCCAGAUGCGAGGAAGAAAGUAGACGUCUUUGCUUUGAGUAUAUAUGGCUUAAUUGUGUUUCCUAAGGUUUUGGGACAUAUUGACGAGGUGGUCACUGAUUUAUUUGAUCGGCUUGAUAAGGGAGUUACGCCAGUUCCGGUGAUUUUGGCAGAAACUUUUAGGUCAUUGAAUGCAUGUCGAAGAACAAGAGAGGGCAGAUUUAUUGGAUGUGCGCAGCUACUACUUGGGUGGUUCCAUAGCCACUUUUGGAAGGUUGAUAGAGUUUCAUAUCAGGUUUUCUCUGAAAGUUAUUCACCGUUGAAAGAGAUAGUGGCUACGUCAAGGAUAGAUGAUAUUACAGAAGAGAAAUGGAUGACAAUCUUUCAGAAUCUGCAAGAGGAGAACGUCGAGUGGAGAGCUCCGUGGUCAAGACAGUUUGUGCCUGCCACUCAAGGACUAGCUGGGUGUGAAUUUUCGUAUAAGGAUGAUGGAUACAAGAGGAAGGCUCGUGAGAUGGCCAAUGCAUGGAAUCAGACUCACCGAAUGAAGAGAUUAGCCGUGGGUCCAGUGACAACUUCUGAGUACAACGAAUGGCGUGUUAGGAGGAUUAAUGACAACAUUCCUGGGCCAAGUCCAGAAAAUGGUCAGUCGAUAGAGGAGCAUUUGCGCGUCGUCCCUUCUGAGCUGGAAAUCAUAAAGCAAGACCUGGAAAGAAAGAAUGCAGAAUUAGAGAAAAAACUAGAACAAAUGGAGGAAGAAAAGGAAACCGAAUGCCUGAGAAAAGGGAAGCGCAAAGUCGAGGAAGAUCUAAACAGCUUGAAGACGGAUUAUAAGAGACUACGUCAGUCAGUAAGAACUGCUGGGUUGGGAAAAACCUCAGAGCAGUGGCGUCAAGAGGUUCAAGAAGAAAAAGCCAAGGCUGGCAGAUGGGAAUAA